CGCACGCACGCACACACCCGCGGAAAGAGAGCAACCGGGAAGAUGCCGAGUCGAAACGCGCAGGAAUGGAUGCGCCUGUCCCUCCGCACCCCGGGCAUCUUCAUCUUCGGCCUGGUCUUGGCGCCCUGCGGCUGGGUGCUCAACCUGACCGCCACCGUGGCCCCCAACUGGAGGACCGUGGAGAACGUGCCCAACACGCCCACCAACGAGUUCAUCGAGCAAGGCAUCUGGGACAUCUGCCGUUCCGUCACCACGUCCACGUCGUCCACGUGCGGCCUGGAUGACGCCUUGUACUUCGGUAAUGACAUCAUCGAGGUGGCCCAGGGUCUGAUGGUGGCCUCGCUGGUGGUCACCCUCGUGGGCCUGGCCGUGGCCAUCCCGGGCAUCCGCUGCUGGAAAGAGAGGCCCAACUGGGUGGUGGCUGGCCUCGGGGGGCUCCUGAUCUUCAUCUCGGGAGUGUUGGCCAUCAUCCCCAUCUCGUGGUACACUCACAUCCUGGAGGACAUCAGCACGGUGACCCCGCUGGGGGAAAUACGUGUGGGCUACUGCAUCGUGUUAGGCUUCAUCGGGGGGAUCUUCGAGAUCCUGGCCGGUUUCGUCAUGUUCAUCGGCAUCUGCCGCUGCUGCGGCGGGAAGAACCGCGGCGAGGUGCGGGUCGAGGAGACCGGGCGCAGCCGCUUCAGCGCCCGCCCGCAGGCGCAGCCCAGGCGCGUGGACGUGCCCUCGCUGAGACGGGACCGCAGCCCCGCGCCCAGCAGCGUGCCCUACUCCCGGAACUCCCUGGACGACGACGUGUCCUUCCCCAGGGCCAAGAGCGUCGGGCCCGGCUCCAUCAACACGUCGUACAGCGGGAGGCCCUACGAUGCGGACUUGUGAGGGCGGAGGAAAAGUUUUCUUUUUCUUUCUAAUCGCAGUGUUUCCCGACCUUUGUUGAUCCAAGACACAAAAUUAUGUUACACGAGAGAAAGCUUUAAACUACAACUACAAAUACUUCAUUACUCCACUGAAGUAGAUUUGCAGUUUUCUCCCUAUCCCAGUAUUUAUUUCCCCUAACGCCCACGUAUUGACUGCAUCUGUACUUCAACAUUUUGGCAAAAAAAAUUCUUUUUGGGAAGUAACUAAGUACAAAUACUGUAAUGAAUUAGAUUUAUGAACGAGAAUCUAUGUACUUUUUGGAUAAUGUUUUACAUAAACUCCCUAUGAAGUACCAACAUGUAACUCUACAGAAGUAGAUUUGCCAAGUCUUUUGUACACAGAACAAAGUUUUUUUUGUGUGUACUCUACUUGAGUAUUUUAUUCCUGACAGCUUUUUACUUUAACUUCCUCUUAGCACCAAUUUGGCUCCUUAUUUUGGUCACAUAGGCCCCUUUGGGGAAGUAACUCACGAGUACAAAUACUUCCUUAUUGUAUCCAAGUACAUUUUUCAGGUGUCAAUGCAGACUUUUUGUGUAUUUAUGCUUUAUUUGGGGAAUAAUUUGUGGGAUUAUUUUUUUCAAUUUGAACACUAUAUUUGAAAGAUAUUUGUAUGUUUUGCUCCUUACUUGGUCGAAAGUAACUGUAAAAGUAGUACUUUUUAAAAACCUGUGCUGAGGAAGCAAUGUAAAAAAAAAAGAAAUGCAGAGAGGAGUACACAAAAAAAAUGUAUUUAAUUUUUUUUCAUUAAAAAAAGACAAUGCUUAAUUAUUAGUAAGUUACAAAUAACUCCACACACUACUUUUGAAUGCUUUCAGAAAACAGACAAGUAAAAUCCAUUUACCUUGAAUCAACUUUGGUAAAUAAUUACUUCCACCACAUUUACUUAACGGAGUUGAACAACUACUUCUACUUUGUCCAGAUUAUACAUUUUAUAUACAUUUACUCACAAAUGAAGUUGCUCUGUUAGUGUUUCAUUGGAUGUAAAGCCAGUACUGUAUUCUGUUGUAUGAAUGUCAAAAAGAAGCUCCACAGCUUAUUUGAAAUCUAUAGUUGAAAAGCAUUCCAUUUUGAUGUCUGUAACUAUAAUUAGUUGGCAUAGAUACAGUAGAAAUAUAUAUAUAUUAUUUUGACCCAAUUAAGUGACAUUGAACAAUUACCACAGCACAUGGGUUGGGAACGGGACAUUCUUGGUGAUGGCCACAUGAUAACAUUCUGUAAUGUUAUAUUAGGAGAUGUUGGAAGAAGGCGGGGGGAGGGGGGGAAUCACCAUGGUCGACUGAGAGUGCCUUGUUUUUUUUUUUUCAUGCUAAAUGAUGGUUAAAGUGUCUAAAAGAUCAAAUAUGCUUAUGUCGUUGAAGCCAAAGUUGCUUGAGUAUUAUUGCAAUGAAGGAGUCAUUUUUUUUGUUUUGUUUUUUAAAUGCCGCUUAAUAUAUCUACAGGUUUUUGGAGCUACAUGCGCCAAAAAGCAAUGCAAUUAAACAUUUUAUUGCAGGGGAAUCGAGGUUUUUGUGAAGAAAAUCAGCUAAGUGAAUUUUUUUGUUGUUAUUGCUGUUGUCUUGUAAACAUUAACUUGUACAGUCUUAACUAAACCUUUCGGGAAUGACUAACUAGGACAACGAACAAUGUAAAUAUUCCUAUAUGCACUUUACAUCGAUGACUUGAAUAAUGUGAUCAAAGAACACUCUCACUGCUGUGCAAGAGCUUUAUUAAACUGUCCACUGUGUUUCUUGCCAA